GUUAGUUUGGCUUCGAUAACAACCGGCACAAGACGUGUAGUUCUGGUUCUUUUUUAGUUCAACUUUUCGAUUGCCGCCGAAUAACUGUGAAUUAAAUCAAAGCCACCAGACUGUUUGGUAUCAACGCCACGUGCGUAACAUCUCGGUAUAUUUAUCGAAACGAUAACAUUUGCGCCCGCGAUCUAGUUGUCUCGGUGUAUGCCUUAAGUGUUUCGAUUAUGCAUGACUCUGUAAUCGAUAUUCUGGUGUAAUUUAGCUUAUGAAUAGUAAAGGAAGGAAUACGCCCAUUUCAGAGCGUUCGUUUUAUUUUACCGACACGCUUCUUGGAUAUUUAUAAUUGAGUGCUACUGUUCUGUGUAUCGUCGGAAGCAGCCGAUUUGACGAGUCUUGGAUCCAGUCAAUUGUAAACAGGGUUCGUCAACGUCUGUGCGGCAGUGUGCCUGUUACUACUCGUCGGUGGGCUAUCUCCACGCUCUUCAGCGGCACCACACAGAACUCGCACCAUGGAUCGACAGAAACGUGCCGCAGAAAACGAAAAUAACUUGUGGCGUUAUCCGUGCAGUUACGAGACCACAAAUCCUAAACCAUACGUGCCAAAAGACGCAAAACAUGUCGCGCGGCAAGCUAAAAAUGUGUACGAGCAGGCGGCGAACUACAAAGAUCAAUUCACGAAAUUGCACAGUUACGAUACGUUCGAAAUCCUAUUAAAGGAGUGGAAGGAUGACUGGCUCAGGAAAUUCCCGUGGUUCCGUGAAGAAGUAUUGCCAGAGACAAAGGUGCUUUUCCAAAGAGUCCCUGAUGAAUAUGUAGCAGACUUGAUGACAAAAAUCGACGAUGUAUUGCCCUCUAUGUACAAGGCGCUGAAAAUGAUAAUGGCAAGCCUCUACAAGCUCAGUCUCAGCCUGAAGAACGACGGUAUCAGCUCUGACGAGGAGCUGGCCAAUAACAUAUUGACUACUAUGAAUGAAGUUAGAGCUGUACUUUGCUACUUCUAUGAUCUAAUGAAUGCUAGAAAACUAAAAAUUUUACCGGUGUACGAUUCGGAAAUUCCGGACAUCAAUAAGUCAAACAAACUCGAGCUCGGUCUCUACAUCUACAGGGACACGCUCAACUAUCUAGAAUACAUCAUGCAAGUAUUCGAGACCAUGUCCGAAUCGGACGUACCCCCGACCGCUUGAGGCGUCAACUUGGUUGUGUUAGUAUAAGUUAGCUAAAUAUGAGGAACUUCCUUCGCGUUUCACCAAAAUCACGCAUCUCUUAGAUGUGAACACGUUGUCGACGUAGUGUUAUAAUUGUAGACAAAGUGAAUUACGAGGCUAUUUCCAUGGCCAAAAUAUUGUCCGCGUUGUACUUAACUUUUUUUAUGUAAUAUUGUCAAUUACUCAUCUGUUACUUGGAGAAGAUUUGUUAUAAAGGAGACGGCUGUUGUAAUAUAGGGUGUCUCAAAACCGUUACUUUUGUAAUUUUACUUCCAGCACCCAAUGUUCCUCAACAUUUGAAAGUUGAUCUGUAACGAAUUCCUCUUAGUAAAAUUAUUUUCUUUGGCUGUUGUUUAGUAAAUAAACUUAGUAAAAGAGAGGUCAUUGCCAUUACAUUGCCAUUUUGGUCUAGAACGGAUUAGUUCCUUUUAAUGUAAAUAGCGACGAAUUUAAAACUUUUUUUUUUAAUUUAUUGUCUGCUGGUAAUAAUGUAACAUUCAAAAUUUCCCGAUUAUCCUAGUCAAGGUAUUAACUUAUUUAUUUCUCACUAAACUCCACCUUAGUUUCAAUUUCAUUAAAAUUGAUAUUGUUUAUAGUAGAUUUUAGUAUUAGUCUUCAUUCCACCAGAAUGCAUGUUGUGAAUGUUUAUGUUAUGUAAAUUAUUGAGUGAUGUUUGUGACAAGUGUUGAAUCAAAAUGGUUUUUAUUUGUAUACUUAUACAGAUUAUGAUUUUUUAGCAAUAAGAUGCUUGCAGCUUUAGCAGGGAACAUUGAAACGAGUAAUAUAAAUUGUACAUUCUAUUCCUAAUUUCUUUAGUAUUACUUGACUCUUUGUUAACUAUUUAUAUUACUGUUAAAUCCAAUGAAAUACGGUUAGCUUUAAUAGAUUAUUUUGAAGUACAGAGCCAGUGUAUUAUUAACUUAAUCAUUAUUUGUAUAGUUCACCUAUUUAUAGCGGACAAACAUAAUGUCUGUGUUUGUGAAAUUAAAUUAUUAUUACAUUA